UUUCAACAUGGCGGACACAGAUUAUGCAUUGGCGUUGUCGCUUCAAGACGAAUUUUCUGCCAUUGACAAUGAAGAAACGAGAAAUUCUGGCGAUAAAAGAAAGCGUCCAACAUCUAUAGUGGACGACUGUUGGGAAACUAUUGACCCAACGCCUGAUAUAAGAGAAUUAUUUUUACAAUUUAAUGACAAGUAUUUUGAUGGCAAGUUGUCGUGUUGUGAGGUUAAAUGGGCACCAAGAAUGACACUGUAUGUUGUUUGUUGAAAUUUUAGUUAAUUUUAGAUCAGUGUAUACAUUUGUACGUAAUUUUAUGUUGAUGCAGUAUUCUUAGUACAUUUAUGUAUUAAAAACACUACAAUGUAUUAUUAUACCAGGAUAAUUUAAAGCUCAGCUAAUAAGAUAUUAGAAGACAAACUUGAGUCAUUUCAUAUAAAGAACUUUAUUUCAUUGCAAAUUUAUUUCGUAGUAAAUUUGUAGUGAAAUGAAGUUCUUAUGAAAUUAACUAAAAGAAUACUGUAGUGUUAUUAGAGAAUCUUGAAUCAAGUUUGUUGUCAAGUGAAUGUUGUCAAGUUAAUGAUUCUAAACGGUGCAAGCAGAAAAUUCUGUCUGCCUACCUUGCUAGCUUAAUUGACGCUCUACCAAAUGAGCUACACAAUCUGGUUUGAUUGAGGACUGGAAAUUAUGAAUGAAAUUGCUUAAUUAGUCUUGAUCAUGAUGAUGAAUAUCUGCCAUUUUUGGGUGGCACCAAUGCAGACAAUUACAACAAUGUGAAAAGCAAUUUUUCAAAAGAAACUAACCAUUUACAAAGCAAAUUUACCAUCAUUUUGUCCAAAAAUUAUAAAAAGUCGCUGUUAUGUGGACUUAUCUUGCAGACUUCGGCUGAAAAGCCACCCAAAAAUGGCGGCAUGAGAAAGGCUGAUUGGACCAUGUAACUCAGUUGGUAGUGUGUCAAGGUAGCAUUUUGAAGAUUAGAAAAAGUGGAAAAUUUAGUACGUAGUCUUUCAAAGUUUUGUUCUCGUAAAAAAGGCACCUUGCAGCCUGAUUCCCCCAUGGCUCUGGUGCCCCUGCACAUUGGAUCUGCACAGGUUAACACAAGGUUUGAACCACUUUUAGAUGUGCAGGUGUAUGUUGUUAUGAGGGACGUGGUGGAUUGUGUUCAAUCAAACUGAGCAUGCCCUUGUUGAAGCUUCGACCCAGAAAAGAUCUUGUUCAAACUUUACUUGUAAGUUAUUACAUCAAUUGACACACGGCAUUGAG